GGUUAAACCCUGGGGACGAGGUUGCAUGAGCAAAAAUGGCGGAAGAUUUGACAUAACUUCACGAUUAGGAUUUUUCAUAACCAGCUGACGAUAUGAAGAGAUGCAAAUCACAUUCUAAGAGAAGAACUAUUGUUCCUGACUCUCACGUAAUAAAUGAAGUACAAAAUGUGUUACGGGGUCGAAUUUUUCAUGGCGAUAUUCCGCCAGACUUGCAUGGUUUAGAAGAGCAAAAGAGGUAAGCAAACUGAUUUGGACAUACAGUAUGUUGUACCCCCCGUUGAAUAGAAGUCUCAUACCAGUUUUUGCACUCUCAGUUUAAUCUCUUAUCCUUAAACUGCUUAGCUCUGUACACUGAAGUUCACUAAACUUUGACUGUGAGGAAAAAAACCUGGUACAUCGGAAAUCGAUUUAAGUCGAUCAUCAAAUUUCGUGUGAUUGUCGAUUUCUAUCGAAAUUGGUGUUAGAGUUCGAUUCUAUCCGAAAACUAUUGGUAGUUAAAAAAAGCGAUCUGAGGCAAUAGUUUCAAUAUCCGUUUGCAAAUUUUGAACAAGUCACCUGUUUGAAAAGUGUUGACAACUAUUAACAAUUAUUAUUGACAAAUAUCAAGCACUAUCCACUUAUCGACUAGCUUUCCGAGGAUCAAUUUCGAUGACAUGAUGACAUGUAAUGUCCUGUUUUCUCACGCCUUGUGGUCGUAUUUAGAUCUGUUCUAUUUAAUGGUUCAUCUGACCUAUUUACCAAUCAUUUCAAUACAAGUCGUUUUGAUACAAGUUUAUUGAGUGGAGGUGUAAAUGAUUUCACAUACUUGGCUUAAAGAACAAAGAGUAUUCACCCAAAUUAUUUUUCUUUUUCACGUGCAAACAACACUUGAAAUGAACAAAAUUUUUUUGCAAUUUCACUGCUUGAGUUUGUAUCAAAACGACUUGUAUUGAAACAACCGGUUUCCCUAUGUAAACUCAAAAAUUUUCUCAAGGGAGUUACAUAGCACUUCUUUAACACUGUAACUUGUGCGGAAAUAUGCAAAACACAAACUGUGGAUAAAUUACAUUUUUGGCAACUAGACUAUCAGUACAGAAUACAGGGCCAUAUUGUAAGGAGUGUAACAAGCCAUAAUUAUUAACAGAAAAGGUUGUUAUAAUUCAGUAAGGUGGGAGCAAGUGGCUCUGUAUUCUAUUGUUUUGACUAAAUAUUUCCUCAUAGUAAGUGUCUCUAAGAGUGAAAAAAAAAAUGCACUUUUUAUUUGAGUGUCAAUGUAUUUAGCACGAAAGUACUAAUUGGGGACACUAUAUUUUAUGUCUGCAACUGGAGACGGGACCGCCAUUUUAUGUGGUCAUCCGAGCCACGCGAAGGUCUAGCCUGUUGCAGUGCAAAGGGAGCACCUUCAUUUCUCGGUUAUUUUAAGACCCUAAGUAUUGGUCUGGCCCCAGGAAUCGAACCCGCGACCUCCCGCUCUGCAGUCAACACGCUCUACCAACUGAGCUAACACUGCCGCGGUUACACUGCCGCGGUGAAUAUACUGAAUAGCUUCAUGCAUAAUUGGUUUCAUUUCAUUCCUUACUUCUUUGUCACCAGGGAAUUGCUAGAUCUGAUAAAGCGAUGUGCACAAUACGGUGAAAGUAACUCUGUUUUACUGAUUGGUCCAAGAGGAAGUGGAAAGUCACUGGUAAGAACUCUGUCAAAGUUCUGUAAUACAGUGAAACUCUUGCUAAUUGUCUGUCUUAUAAGAGCCAUUCCAGCCUUGCUUACAGAAAUCGCAGUUUUUUUGUCAUAGUAGUUUACACCGAUUCUGUGCGGCAGCAACUACUGAACUUUAAUUCCUUGGAUUCUUUGCUCUACCUAUUGGAUUGCAGAUUAAAGAAAUUGAGAAUUUCCAUUGCUUUAUCUUCAGCUUGUCAAGACCAUUCUGGAGGAUUUAUAUAAAACAAAAGGGGUGAAACAGAACAUGUUGGAAGUUCAUUUAAAUGGUAAGAUCGUGUAGCAUGAUACAUCAUAUUGCCUUGUGCACUAAAACUCAAAAAAGGAGAAAAAGGAAAAAUGAGAGAAAAAUUUUCACCUGAAUUUAAUUUUGUCCUGUAACAUACAUGUGUAUACGUAACUUAGAAAUUGCAUACAAUAAAUUCUAAGCCAAAAAGUAGAUGUGUUAGGACUUUUUCUUGAAAGAGAGCCCCUGUGGUUUGACUCUCAUAAACGACCACCUCCUCCCAUAAGCAACCACUAAAUCUUUCAAUUUUGGGAGGUUCGACUGCAUUUCAUUUCAGAAACCAGUGGGUUGUGAAACAACAUGUAUGGAUAGACUUGGUAUAAACUGGGCCACUCACUGGUUUUAGUAAAAUCCAACUAGUGGUCUAUUAUCAAUGCUGCAUUCUGAGAGGUUGAGUUACUACUAGGCUAUAUGUUAUAGCCCACUAGUAACGAAAAGUGCCGGCUUUGAAAACCCAAACAAUGGCAGCUCAAUCACAUUUCUGCUAGCUAAAGUUGUUUUUGUCUCGCUAUUUUUGACCAACUAGUUGGAUUUUACAAAAACAAUUCCUCUCGCCCUCAUGGCCUCUGAGUCAACAGCCGAUGAGGCCAAAGGCUGAAUGGGCUAUUGACUCUGAACCCAUUUGGGCUCAAGGAAUAAUAAUGUUAAAUAUUCAGCAGCCAUACACUGUGCUUGUUUGUUUGAAGGUCAUGGCUAAGUAAACAACUUGGGGUUUGAAUGACUUGAUAAUGAGCUGGACAAUCGCAGUGGGUGAUUGUUAUUAUUAUCAUUAUUUUAUUAUUAUUUUUAUAUAAUGUACAAAAUGUAUUAAUUUUCCAGCAAAAGUGAUUUUCAUGCAUGGUCAUCUGAAAUCUUCAGAUUCAGGUGUAAAACCUCUGUUGCCCGAGAAAACAGCCAAAAUUUGUGAUGCCACUAGUUUCUUCACUAAUGAUGCCUGACAAGAUCUUGAUAGUGCUUCUGUUUGGUCAUACCACUCAGGAAUUUUGUUUCAACCAAUCAGAAGCCCUACCCUGCUCUUUUGAAGCUUGAUGUUUAUGAACUAUUCCUACCUAUGGGGUGGGCAGUUAUUCAAGGUGGAUGCUAAUUUGAGGUUAGGCACUUAAUCUAAUAAAUACGGUGUUGAUUGUUAGGCUUAGUGCAAACAGAUGACAGAUCAGCUUUGUUGCAAAUAACAAGACAACUGCAACUAGAAAACACAGUAGGAGACAAAGUAUUUGUAAGUAUUUUGAUAAGAGUAUGAUAUUUGAGAAUUUAAGGAAAACUUCAAGAAAACCUGGAUUGGAUUGGAUGGGAUCAAACCCUUCAACUUACUAAAUGCGUGGUUCAUACAAAUAUCUUGAAAAGGUCUUGAAUUUCACUAGUCAUCUUGAAAAGUCCUUGAAUUCGGUUUAGGUCCUUGAAAAGUACUUGAUUUCUUUAUUAGGUCUUGAAAAGUCCCUGAAAUUUGCAACCUUGUCUACACAAGACAACUUUUUCAGUAAAAUUAGAUUGAGGAAAAUUUGGCUCAUCCUUUGUGUAUAAGAACCUGUAAAACUCAUGGGUAACAUGAAAACAUUUUUGUGCAUGAACAAUAGUUUAUUUCUGUUUCUUUGUUUCAAAUGCUAUUCUGUACCUCAGAUGCAAUUACAAGUCAUACCCAGUUAUUUUGCAAAGUCUUGUUGCGGAAAGUAGUAUGGCCGAAGAAGUAAAAAAUCAUAAAUGACUCCAUGACGUGUUUGGGCCAAUAGCGUGAUCAAUGCUUAAGGGGAAUUAAAGAAUGCCGAUUUAUUAAGUAAAUCUUAGUCCUUGUAAACUGUAAUUUGUCCUUGAAAAAUCCUUGAAAUUUGUUUGUCUCAAGUUGUACAAACCAUGUAAAUGACAAAUAUUGAGGGGCAGAGUUGCUACCAUUGAUCCAGUCUAAAUCAUUCCAUGUUUUUUUACUUGUUUUGCGGUGGUUUUGAAUCAAAUCCAGGAUGGGCUGGAACACAGUUGAUGACAUGUUGCUGCAACACAUUCUGGUAACCAACUACUCCUUCUGAACAGCAACAAAUCGCAGCAACAUAUCACUUCGUGUGUAUUGGAAAAUAUUUUCGAAAAAUCUUUGUCCCUGUGAUUGAUAGAUUUAGAUAUGAUAGAUAGGUACUUUAUUAAGUACAUUGCAGCAUAAGCUGAAUUGCAUAUUUACAUAAUGAUAAUAAUUUAUACUAACAAUUGUAAAAAUGGGCAAUAAUUGUAAUAGCUAAAACUAAAAACGUAUAAUAAGAAACCUAAAAAUUAUUUACAAUUCUGCCUGAGGCCAUAAAAAAACUGUUCUUAAAUCUAUUUGUCUUGCAACGAGGCAAAGUCAAAGUGCGCGCGUGCCUUAGAUUAUAAUUGCUCUUAUAUGGAGGCAGCAACAGCUUUCUUAGCUUGUGGUUCGGGUCGCUCAUUAUGCUUUCAAACGUGCGUGUGCAAAUGUUGUGGUGAUGCUCCGCAACCGUUGGUAAACUCAUAAGCGCUAAAGCUUGCUGAUAUUCUAUACCAGGACAUGUUGCAAUAAAUCAAACAAAACCAAAUCUUUUUUAAUUUGAGUAGCUUGUUGCAGUGACAAAAUUAUGUUUCAGCUAGUAAACACAAAGCAGUUUGUCGCAAUAUAGGUGACACCAGGCGACCUGUCAGGUAAUGUGUUCCAACCUUUGCAUCCUAUUAUAUGACAUACAAGAAGACAUAACACUUUUGGGCUUGAAUUUCAGUUUGUCCUUUGAACAAGUAGCACUCAAAUUUUGGCGUAACCAUUGCCGUUGAAUCCUUGUCUAAAUUUAUUUUUCUAGUCAUCCUUGCUAACUAACGACAGGACUUUUUCGAGCUCUGCCUUUACAUCAGUUUUCAUUGUCCAAGUUCUCCAUCUAAUGUCACUGUUUAAUCAGACAAUAAAACCACAGGAAUAAAGGGAAAAAAGCAACUCCAUUUUAAACAAAUUCUCCCAAAUCUUCCCCAUGUGAAAAAGGUGUGGAGAAUUUCUAUGAUAUCAGGGCCUAAAGGGUUUCAUUAAAAAAAUAUCUUCUUAGUCAGAGGGAAAAGUUCAUUUUUUAAAUAAGCACAGACUGAUGCCAAUCAAAAUCUGGGGACUGACUCUUCCAGUAGUAUCCCAUCUCCUCCAUAAUCAACCCAUGCAAUUUACCCAGAUACACACAAAUCAGCCCAAUCCCUAAACCAUAACAUAGGUGUGGCUCAGAAAAUUGUAUUAAAGUCUUACACUACAGAACGAUCAACAGUAGCUUCCAUGAUUGUAAUAACAAAAAUAAUCUUUGUCCAUGAUGACAGAUAUGCAAAGAUGUCACUAAUAAAUUUUUAAAAAACAUACAAGGCAAUUAAAAAUCAAAUUUGUUUUGAAUUUUGGAGAAAUUUGGGGCAAAAGCAAAGAAGAGCUCAAAGGACUUUUUUAUCCAGGAGAUUUUAUUAAUAACAUGAGAGAUUUGUGCCAUACUCGGGAAAUUCAAUCCUGAUAAUAUGAGAGUUGGCUUAUAUGUUUGUAAUGUUGCACAUGAUUUUAGAUAAAUUGUGUUUUUUAAAAGGGCAUUACUCAUGGUUUGAAGCCUCUUAAAAAGGCUAUCCUCUUUAAGUUAAUAUUACCAGUUGCCCAAUAAAAUUGUUAAAUAUUGUUUUUCAUUAAUUUUCAGGGCUCCUUUGCUGAAAACCUUGUCUUCUUACUAGAUGCACUGAAAAGUGGUGGGUGUUUAUAUUCAUCUGCUGGAAAAAGGACUUAACGAUAAAUGACUUUUGAUAAUAGGGCCAUUUAUACGAGGAAAAAUAAGACGCGUCUUAAAUAAGACGCGAACUGUACCAUUUAUACGAGCAUGUCUUAUGUAAGACAAGAACAGCUCGUAUAAAUGGUUAGCGUCUUAUUUCUGUCCUUGACUUGUUUUCAUGUGAAUGUCGCCCGUAGCAACAGCAAUCUGAGGUGGCGCGCCAAAAAUUAACGCAUGCGUACUAUGUGUUUGCGUCUCAUGUAAGAAGCGAAGGUCAUUUAUACAAAGUUUUUCUCAUCUUAGCUAAGCCGCGUCUUAUUUUAGACGAAAUGUGCCGUUUAUACGGAAAGUUCACGUCUUAUUUAAGACGCGUCCUAUGUAAGAAGCGUCUUAUUUUUCCUCGUAUAAGUGGCCCUAUUAUGUCAAAUUGUCUCCAGUCUUAGGAGCAACCAUAAGGCAAUUUGGAAUGAGAAUCUAGCAAAUGAACUUUCUUUGUGUUUAUAGUCCUAACCAUCUCACUCCAUCCACAAAAUAAUAGAGUGCAUUGCAUGUAUACCUAAGGAAGUAUACUUGUCACCUUAUGCAGUUGAACUUCCAUGAAGUAGCCACCCUCAGGGUAACAGCAAGUCACUGCUUGAUGAAGGGUGGCUUCUCAAUAGGGUUCAUCAGAAAUUAGCAUUAUAUUUAGCAGAAAAUCACUUUAUUCUGAAACAAACACCUUCAGGGGCUUGUAUAACGUUCACCCAAGAGAUAGCUCUUAUGUUACAAAGACGCAAAUUAUUCUCAAAAUGUUGUGAUGAAGUUCUCCCAGCUUAACACAAACCAGACCAUAAACUAUGGCAUAAACUUUAUAACCAGAGAAGAUGGAAGUGCUUAUACAGUAACUAAUAAAAACAACAGAAUACUGGUCCAUAAACAUUUGCCAAUUUCUAUAAAUAGCUGUAUUUUUCUUCAUCACAGUUUCAAAACAAAGCCAAACUACAUGCAUCAUACACUUAGAAUUAUUCUAUUCUGUGUUCUACAUUAUCCUUUCUUUUGCAUUGUAAAUAGCUACAAUCCUGGACAAAAGUCCUUGGGACAGUACCGCAAUAUGCAUAUUUUUCUGUCAUUUCUCGGUUUCCUCUUAAAACAGUGCAUCAUUUUCGAAAUUUUCUUGUACUUCUCCCUCCCCCCACCCUAUACAAAGUUGAAACUCGGAAACAAUUCUGGAUACACGUGUCCAACAUUGUUUGUGGGGUGAAGGGAGGGGUUGGACCUGUGUGAAUUGGAAAACGCCCCAGAAACGCAAAAGUGUCCCAAGACUUUUGUCCAUGAUUGUAGGUUAUAGGUUAUAUAAUUAUUAUAUUUAUUAAAAACUGAAUCAUUGGAUAAUGUAAUUCUAGAGCUCUAGUUGACUUAGCCAUCAUGACAUUUGAGCCAUUACAUACCAUGCUCUCCAAAAAUGGUAAUUGAACGCGUCUGCUCAAAAUUAAAAACAACCUGAAAAUCGGUUGUGUUUAAAAAUUAAUUCGGGAAGAAUUCUUGAUAUCUUGUGGGCAUUUGUGGGCAUUUUGUGGGCAUUUGGCACUUGUUGGAUAUGUGAUGAUUAUAGCCAACUUGACACUAUGCGCCUUGUUGGCUAUCUACCAUCUCAUAUCCAAUGCGCACUCGUGGAAUACACUGUAAUUUUUUGUUAAAUAUACGUUUUUAAUUAUCUUAAUUGAGCAGAUUAGGAGCCAUUCAAUGGAUUUGCUGAAAUAAAGCUAUUAUUAUUAUUAGAAUUAGCAGUAUUCUAUUCUUUUUGGGAUUACUAGCCGCUUGAAAGGGCAUGGCUGCCAAAUGGAGGUUUAAAGUUCACUAUAGUUUGUAUUUACAGGUGGCCAGGAAAGUCAAUCAGUCCUGUUUAUUCUGGAUGAGUUUGACUUGUUUACAAACCACAAAAAUCAGUCAUUGCUAUACAACCUGUUUGAUGUGUCACAGUCUGCCCAGACUCCCAUCUGUGUAAUUGGGCUCACUUGUAGGCUGGUAAGUCUGUGCUGAAAUGUAUAUUGUUAGUGUAUUGUUGUUCCUUCUAAAGCACAGUAAUUGACUAGAAGAACAUUAUGUGCACUCUUUUAGAUGUCCCUCUCUAAUAAACGCACCGUGACAAUUACUCCACAAUACUAGCAAAUAGCAAAAAGGAGCUAAAUCAUUCAAUUUAUUUAUGCAGUUUCCUGUUUGUUUAACAAUGGGUUGUGCAUUACUUCUUGUUCAGUGUCGAGUUCAAAGUAAGGAUACAACUGUAGGUUAACUAUGACAAUACAAUGACCCUGAACAAAGAUUCUGACUUCAAAGUUGAGAUUUGAAAGAGAAUAUGGCUCUCUAGACGACGUAUACGUAUUACGGAUGGACUGGAUAUUCUGCUGUUCAAGAACUCUCCUCAAAUUUUUGCCGAAAGCAUGUUACUUUUGUGGAGCUUGUUACAGCUAAUGAGAAUUAAUGCUUCUCUUUUUUAAAUGCCCCCUCUUGGACCCCUAAAAUUAAGUAAAUGCCCUUGGCAUCUACAUAUAGGUCAUAUAUGAUAAGUCCUUUUUUUUUUUUUUGCCUGAAGGAUGUCGUAGAACUUCUUGAGAAAAGGGUGAAGUCCAGGUUUUCACACAGACAGAUCCAUCUUUUUAACUCAGGGACAUUUAAUGAUUAUCUUGAAGUUGUUAGGUAAGUAUAUUAUUAAAUUAUGGAAGUUGUAGUAGAUAGUAUUUACUGAGUUCAUUUCAAACAUUUGACAGUCUUUAUCCUGAAUAACUGAUAUUUUUAGUGGCAAAAAGUACGAUUAUCUUCCAAGAAACAUAAGGGGUGGAUGCAGGUUUUUGUAAGGGUGGCUGGUACCAAUCGACCACAAACAAAACGUGAAGUUUAAUUUGUCCUGUGGCAUCCCUGAAAUGUGCCGUUGUGAAAGGAUGUUGAAUAGGAACCCUUAACACCGCAAAUUCUCAUCAUGCCACAAAAUACAAUGUAGAUUUUCUGGCAGAACGCAACAUUAUGCAUAGCAUGAAAAUAAAGUGCAAAUAAAACUUUAGUAACAAACAUGUUUGUUGGCCAAAAGGGGGGGAGGGAUGGUUAGCCACCCAAUCCACCUUCCCUGGUUCCACCCCUGAACAUGGGUUUAAAAUUUGGAGUUUUUGCUUCUAUUACAAUCGACAAAAUGAAUAUACAGUUGUAGUGUUCUAAGGCAUAAGUUAACAAUUUUUUGUUUACAUUAUAGGUCUGUUUUAACAUUACCAUCAAGCUUUAAAGACAGACAAUUUGUUCAAGCCUGGAGUACCCAUGUUGCAGUAAGAAUCUGAAAGUUUGUUUAGUAAAAUUGAGAAACCUUAUUUUUGUUGACACCUGGAAAAGCUUAAAUAUUUCAUGUUCAAGUACCUUUUUUUUUAAAAAGAGGUGACCUUGAGUCACCAGCAGUGCAUGACAAGAAAUAUCUCAGUGUAUAUUCUUAUGAUGUCCUCAGCCUCUACAAGCAGGGGAGGCAACAUCUGAAUGUGUUUUUUAAACCUUUCACUCUCAAAAUAAAUGGCCAAAAUUCACCAAAGUUUCCACAUUUCAUUUUGUAAAAAUCCUGAAAAAGCAAAAUAGUACUAUGUGAAAGCAAUUUUUAGCCUGUCAUUGUGUAGCAAGCAUUUCCAGUUGAGUUAUUGCACAAAAAAUGGAGCAAGAGCAAAAGAAAUGGAAUAUUGAAGGAGGAGGUGGAGGGGGAAAGAGCAAAUGCUUGCCCACAAACCCCACGAUUCUGGAAAACAACCCUUGAUAUUUCACAUUUCAGUUCAUUUGUAAAUAUUGACAGCUUGUCAACAUAGGAGCCAGUAACAUGAAUAAAUGACAGAAUAGAUUACCAGAUUUGUAAAGUUAACUUUGUUCUCAUUAAAACCUGCUCCACACAAAUUCAGAAAACUAUAAUUUUAUAUUAAAAGUAGCUUAAUGAUACAAAAGGAUUGAACUCACAGUUUUUCAGAAUCAUGGGGUUUGCAGGCAAGCGUUUCCUUCUUUCCCCUCCCCCUCCCCCUCCCCCUUCAUUCCUCUUCUUUUCUCCCGUCCCAACUUUCUCAACUAACUCACACGGAGACAUUUGUUGCUUUGCAGGCUAUUUAAAUAACUUGAAAUGGUAGUGCCCAUAGCUCAACUUAUAAAAUGUUUUGAUUUUUUUCUUCGUUUUGUGUUUAAAGGACCUUUUAGAAGACAGUUCUUCACGGGCAGUUCUCAAGAGACAAUUCAGCAUUGCAAAGGACAUUAGAAGUUUACAUCAACUUCUAGUGAGUAACUGAACUCAAACUUUAAUCAUUCUAAAUGCCUAUCUUGUACAAAAUAGACCCACUCAAAUAACCUAGUCAAAAAUAUGCAACAAAGAAACAGUUUGCUGCGAAACAGAAUAUGGAGUCAUUAUAUUAGCCAAAUUCGUUGUAUCGCACUGUGGGUUUUGUAAACCUCAAAGGAAUUUAGGGUGUUUCUGUUCCGUCAAUCAUCUUAGCGAACCUCUUAGGAAACACAUGUUUACUUGUGAUUGGUGCAUUUUGAUCCACUUUGUUUGUUUCUGUGUUUCAAGGUUCGCUGCUUGUGAUCGCCCUGUUUCACACUGUUUCAGGCAAUAAUUGACUAGUUUUCUUCGAAGCUUUUUAUGAUCUUUCUUAUCCUUGCCUCUUGCAGGAAUAAAGCAACGUCUGCUUCCUGCCCUCGACAAAAAUUCCACUCAUCAUCGUGAUUUCCUUCUCUAUUCUUGACCACUUUAGAGUCAUUCUCAGUUUUGUUUUUGCAGGCCAUUAAGCUGGGCGAGUGUGGUGCAUUGCAAUUUGCAUUAACUCCACCCCCACUCACUAAUGAUUGACAGAACAGAAAAACCCAUUCGAAGUUUGCAAACACGCAGCGCGAUACAACGAAUUUGGCUUAAAAGCUCUUGAUCAUUUUUCUCUCUGUCAAGGUACAGCAGGAUCCUGGGGAAUCUAGGGUAAAUGUUACAGUGUGUAACUGGGGAAGGAAAGUAAUGCCAUAUUCACACCAACUAAACAUGUUUAAUUAAACCAGGUGUUAAGAAAAGAAAAACAGACACGGGAAACUGAAACACAGGUUUUUACAAAGGAUUCAAAUGUAGUUUAGCAUAUUUUGUAAUAAUUUUGCACCAAAUUUGCAAUCAACUUAAGUCAGUAAGCAGCUUUUAUGAAGGGAACAAUUUUAAACUGUGUUUAAGUAAACAGCUUUUAAACACGUUUUAACUUUGGUGUGAAUGAGGCUUAAGUUUUAGUUUGAAUUAUUAAGAGGCUCAGGAAACUAAGGGUUAGAGAAAUUAGGAUUCUAUUGUCAGUAUUCCAUUUUAAAAUAAUAUAGAAUUGCUAGUAACAGUAAGUUAAGUGAGGUUCAUAAUACUAGUUUUGAAUUGUUUUUCAAUCACUGUUUUUCUUACGGGGUAUUAAUAUUAUUUUGUAAAUUGCUUUGAUCUAUUGCUUACUAAUAACCUUUUACUUCCAAUAACUAUAAUUUAUUACAAACUCUUAAUACAAUAAAAGGACUGGCUAUGUUGUAUGUUCUUUGCCUCUGACUAAAAUCAAUAAACGCUUGUUUUUUUAGGCCUUUCCAGUUUGCAGCCUUUCUCCAGAUCACCCAUUUAUUGACCCCAAGGAUCUAGUUGAUGCACAGCUCAAGAUGGGAGUGGAUUGCAAGACAGCAAUGUUGUGUGGUGGGUUCUUUAUGUUCAUGUUUUACUAUACAACAAAUAAAAGAACUUGAAAAAAUUCAAGCUUGACCGGAAAUUGAACCCUGACCUUUGUGAUGACCAGAAGCAACACUCUAUCCACUCUAUCUAUAUAUGAGUUCAUUGUAAUAUACUGUACCUGAUAGUGGAAAUGACAUAAAUUGAAAUAUCUUUAAUGAAUGAUAUUAUUUUGAACUACGGAUAAAGAUAUGAAAUUGAACAUGAUCUCCACAGUAGACUGAACAACCUAAGUGGUUGAAAAAUAAUUAUUUUGUUAUAAUUAUAAUUAACAUUGAAUUAGUGCUGGUCAGUUGGUUUAAGACCCUUUAAGCCCCAGUAUCCACAUACAAAUUCUCCAAACUGAUCUCUAUACAUUUCCUUAAUUGGUUAAAGAAUAAGUUGAAAGAAUUUGGAAGAGAAGAUCAAAGUAUUUUCUCUUAGGUGAUUAUUUCAUCAAUUCUCACAACCUUUUCUCUUGACUAUGUAUGGAUAUUGUUAGGAGAAAAUAGAUGUUUGUCACUUUGGAACUUAAAGGGUUCAAGGAGAUUAGGUUGAGAUGUUGUUAGUGGAAAGGGGGUGGUGGUGAAAAUUAUAAGCUACAGUCAAUCCUCUUUACAAUGGUCAAUUUGGGGACUGUGGUAAGGAACCAUUGUUGAGAGAUCGCCAUUAUGGGGAGGGAAGGAGUAACACAACACCACUUUGGGACAAGCGCUGACAUGUAAAUAUUUUCAAGAAGCUUAUUUUAUUCUAUUAACAUUACCAAAAUAUAAAAGAAAAAUCAAAAGCAUAGGACCAACAUAAUAGACAGAGGGAUCGAUCAAUAGAUAGAUAGACAGACAUGCGGAAAGACAGAUGGAUGAAUGGACAGACAGACAGACAGAAAGACUGACAGACAGAUAGACAGAGCGACAGACAGGCUGGCAGACAGACAAACAUGCAAAUGGUCAAACAGACAGAUAGACACACCUGCAGACAGACAGGCAAAUGGUCAUACAGACUGACAGAUGGACAGAAUGAAUGAAUAGCGAAAUGAAUCACCUUCAUUUCAAAAUAAGGCAAUUGGGCAUUGCUUAAAUUUUUUAAAUAAUUGCAGUUGAGCUUCCCUAAAAUGAUAAUUCUUUUGAUUACCAGUAAACAUCAAAAAUGCGGACAAGAUUUUCUAGGCUCUUAGAGAAACCCUUUUUACAAUUUGGAGGUCUAUAAGCUGCUACAGCAUUAACAGCCGUACUGUUUAGCUUGAUAAUUUCAACUCUCAGCAUAAUGCAGACAGAGAGAGAGACCUGCAAACAGACAGACAAAUGGUCAUAGGGACAUACAGCCAGACAGAUAGACAGACAAAGUCAAAGGGUUGUAGUGAGUACAUAGUAAUGUACAUCAUUUUCUUUUAACCCUUUAAGCCCUAAGAUCAAAAUUUGAAUUCUCAUUUGUUGCCCGUAUUCAUUUCCUACAGAAGUAAAGGGGAGAAGUUGAUAAAAUAUCAAGCAAAUUCAUCUUAUGUGAUCAUGUCCAUAAUUCUCAUGACCACUCUGUGUUACAAAGCAUUGAUAUUACAAGGAGAAAUUUGAUGCUGAUCACUCUUGGGGCUUAAGGGGUUAAAUUAUGCACCUAUCAAUGUAAAUCCCGGGGGGGGUGCGGGCAAGGGGAGGGGAUUUGAUGCCUGAGACUAUCCCCAUGUCGGGCUUUUGAUCGUGCGGAGCGACCCCGGGGUCGGGACAUUUGACUUUGACCAAUAGAAGCCUGGUAUCAAUUCAGAAGCAGUUACCAAGUCCCUCGGUUACCAAGUCCCUCAAGGCUUUCUAAAAGUCACGCUGUUGGAGAAAGGUAUGAAGUUUUCAUUUGUGUUAAUUGCCAUAAUCUGAUACUUUACACUGUCAUCUAAACAGAUAAUGUCUAUUUUGAGAAAGUUUUUAUCUUCAAGUUCCCAUCUGAUUGUAAACCUCGAUUGAAAUCGAAUUUUGCCAUGAAAGUCAGAGGAUUUUUUACGGGUCACUGAUCUGACCUGUUCCGACAUGUUGAGCAGAUAUAAUAGCACGGUCAAUCUUCCUGGAGCGAUUAUGUUGUUCAAAAUAAGAGAUGCUAGUGGAGAGAGAAAAUACUUAAUUACAGCAAGUAAUUUAACGGAACUUACAUUAACCUUACAUAAAAGUAGUAAGAACGUACUUUUGAAAUGUUCUUUUAUUCGUUUUAUAUAGUAUUAUAGUAUUGUUUGUUUAGAUUUUUCCCCUGGAGUGGGGGCUUUUUUGACACUUUUGAUUGACCUUUCGUUUCCCACCAGGGGGAAUUUGAUCAAAAAAUUUUAAAAUUUGUCAAAUCCCCACCCCUUGCCCGCACUCCCCCCCACGGGGUUUACGUUGAUAGGUGCAUUACCUUUGGCAAACAACUUAGUGCCUGUUGCUGUUUCAGAGAGUGGAACAGCCAUUAUAGAGAGGUUAAAACAAAAGCAAAUAUAUGGGGCUGUCCACUGGGACAAAAUAAUGUUAUCGUGAGGCAAAGAGACAGCCAAUCAGACAUGAGGCAACUCAACUGCAAACAGCAAUGGCAAUUUGUUUGUUGUUUUGAAGUUUGCUUGUAUGCCCUGAAUUUUAUAGUGAUUGGUUAGUUACACACAACUGACUGGUCUGAAUCAAAUCAAAGUGUUCAUGGUUCAGUACCAUAGUGGCUAGGAUGCUUUGAGUCAAGACAUGUUGCUUAACUAUGUACUGUCUCGUUGCUUCUUGCAGGUGUUUCAGUGCUGGAGCUGUGCCUCAUCAUUGCCAUGAAGCAUCUGACAACAUUGCAUGAAGGAGAGCCUUUCAAUUUUGAGAUGGUCUACAAAGGUAUAUAAAAUAUUUGGCUCUCCAUAGCAACAGUGAAAAACAGUGCAAAGGCCAUGAAAAACUGGUUUUAUCAACUGGGUUCGAAGACAAGAAAAUGACUCACUAUUUUCUUUGUUCAGAAUGAAAGAAUAUGGGUGCCAUAAUAGAGAGGUCAUAGGACAGGGGGUAUCAUGCUAGGAUAAACUUGACCACUCUAGGAAAUGUAAAAUAAUAAUUUUCUCAAUAUGUCUUUAGUGCACGUUUAUUAUGUAUUUCCGCAGUCAUAAUAUAGCGGCGGUUAGCUCGAAAGCUAAGCUUCUCUGACCACUGUAUACUUCUACCCAAGCCAUUAAUUUUCUUUUCUUCCCCUUCUUCUUCUACUUUAUCAGUGUAUUCUUACCUUACUAUAUAUAAUGUUAAUAUUUUAUAAAGUGUGAAUAAUAAAUUGAAUUGAAUUAAAUUGAGUGUCAAAAUUCAUUAGGGCUCUGUCCUCUUUUUCUACGGUGUAAAUUAUCUUGCCUGAACUGGAAACAAAAUUUACAGCCAAUUUUUGAACAGCAUUGCCUCAGAGAGAUGGGGUGGAAUGCAGGCUCAAAAAAUGACAGGGUUGGUAAUUGUAGUCUGGCUGCAUAGCAAACAAAAGUUGCUGAUCAUGAAUAGGUCAUGCAGCUUAAAAAUAGGAAAUCGUCUCUAACUCGUUACCACUGUAAAUCUGUAUAGAUGUGUGCAAGAAAGACACCGUGAGCUCUAUUAAGUGAUAGUCUGUGUUUAAAAAAUAUUUUUAGCUAAGUUAUUAAAAUGUGUAAUAAUAUUUUUAUGUUAGUAACUUUAAUGUACUUAUCCCUUUUUCCUUUUUUCUUCUGUUAAUUCAUUUUGAUAUUUUUAGGUAUUUAAUGUCAUACCAUUAAAAGUUAAAUAUUCAGUUGUCUUAUUUCUCUUCAACAGCACUGUUUAUUCUAAUGAAAUUAAGCAAUUUUUAAUUUUCUUCAGAAUAUCAGAAAUUUUCCCAGAAGAAAGGACAUGCUGUUCAGUCAUUUGAAAAACCUGUUGUUUUGAAGGUAAUUCUUGUAGAUUGUAUAAAGCCAUAAAAACCUUAUUUUAGAACAAGGGAAGGGGUGUGUUAGGUAAGGGUACUGAAUUCCUAAUUCCUAUACUAUCCUGUUUCCUACCUCCUUGUCCAAUACUAUCCUGGUUUCUACCCCCUGAUCCCAUAAAAUCCUGGUUCCUACCCCCUGAUCCCAUACCAUCUUGCUUUCUACCCCCUGAUCCGAUACCAUCCUGGUUCUUACCACCUGAUCCCGUACUAUCCUAGUUUCUACCCCCUGAUCCCAUACCAGCCUGGUUUUUACCUCCUGAUUCCAUAACAUCCUGGUUUCUACCCCCUGAUCCCAUAACAGCCUGGUUUCUACCUCCUGAUUCCACAACAUCCUGGCUGCUGCCCCCUGAUCCCAUUGUAUCCUGGGUCCUACCCCCUGAUCCCAUAUCAUCCUGAUUCCUAGCCCCUUGUCUUAUAUCAACCUGUUUUCUAACUCCUGGCCUCAUACCAUCCUGUUUCCUAUCCCUUGCUCCUGUAACAUCCUGGUUCCCAUCCCCUGGUCCUAUGCCCUCCUGGUUUCUACCACCUGAUCCCAUACCACCCUUGAUCCCAUACCAUCCAGGUUCCUAUCCUCUGGUCCCAUACCAUCCUGGUUUGUACCCCUGCUCCCAUACCAAUCUGGUUCUUAUCCCCCGAUCCCACACCAUCCUUGUCCUUACCCCCUGCACCCAUACCAUUCUUGUUGUUACCCCUGCUCCCAUACCAUCUUGGUUCCAACCUCUUUCUCCCAUAUCACCCUGGUUCCAGCUCCUUGCUUUCAUACCUCCCCUAUCCUUACCAGGACCCCCUUGCUCUCCCUGCUCUCUUACCAUCCUAGUGUCUACCCCUUGGAUAGUAGUCCCAGCUGGCUUUUAACCCUGCCAUUAAUGCACUGGAAAAAGUAGACAUUGUACUUAACAGUUUCCAUCCACCCACUAUGGCUCUUACUCAGUAUUUGAGAAAAGAGAAAACCAAUAACUGAUUUUAUUCUUGGACCCCAAUUUUUGUUUUUCACCUCUUGUACCAUGGGAAUCCGUCUUCCUGCCUUCAGCCUUCGUUAUCUCCUAUAGUCUUCCCUGAUCCACAAACUCCCAGUCUUUGACUUCUCAUUUCUCCAGCCUUACUGAAUUGCAUUCUUUACUUACAUGCAUGUAAGUCACCUGCAGGCUUUCAAAGCAAUCAUGAAACAUUGAUUUGUUUUGUAUUUUCUUAAAGUUGAUGAAUAAUUCAAAUAAAUGCAGUUUUUAAAAAAGAUGUUUAUAGGAAAACGUCGGAAAAAAUAAUUCACAAUAUUAAUAAAUACAUUAAUUCAUUUAAGUGUUACAUUAUUUUAUUGGUAAAUAAUUAUUAUGUUCUUCUCCCCAGGCAUUUGAACACUUGACAGCUUUAGAAUUUGUGAAGUCAUUAGACAGCUUGGCCAAAAAUACUCCUAAAGAAUACAGACUUGUUACCUUAUUAGUAGAUCCAAUGCAAAUAAAUGAUGCUCUUCAAAGAUACCCAGACUGCCCAACUGAAGUGAAGCAGUGGGCAAUGACUGCUGUUGUAUAA